AUGUUCUCUCAGGAGCCAACUAGUCCUCUUGCUUCAAGCCUUCCUUCCGAACCUGAGAAUGUCUUUCUAAGACCAGAUUUGAGUAACGUCCUGCAUGAGUGGGACACUGCUUCAACCAGAUACAUCUCCUCUAGAAAUAUCAAUCGCCAAAGUUCCCUUUCCUUAGGGACUACACUCCCCGGCACUCCCAACAAUGAAGUCUUCAUCAACGAAAAGUCCAUUCCUAUCAUUUGGGACCCUUCCACCAAGAGUCAUGAGGAGAGAGUCCAACAACUAGGUGACCUUAACAUCAUGGUGGACGAGAAGCCAGAGUUUUCAGACCCAGAUGGUCUGAAGGUGCGACGGGCUCAACGACUCAUGAAGGUGCGAAAGUUGGCCUUCCAAUGCUGCAUCUUCGGACUGAAUUCGAGUGGUUUCCUACUAUUUGGCUCAUGGUGGUUCAAAGGAUAUUACUACGUUUUCCUUCCCUUCAUCACAUACGGUGUACUUCUCAACUUCACCGUUGUCAUCACCCUCCUCCUGUGGCUAGUCUUCCGCUUCUUCCGUCCGGAGAAGAAAAACCCUGCGCCCGAGACGCCCGAGUCGCUGAUGCUCAUCAUACCAUGUUACAACGAGAACGAAGAAGAGCUCCGCAAGUCUCUCGAUUCACUCGUUGAGCAAAAGGGCAUCGAGGACCAUAGGCAGUGUGUUUUUAUCAUCUGCGAUGGACGAGCUCGUGGUCCAGGCAUGACGCAGACCACCGGCGACUGUCUGCUUGACACUAUUCUGACGGAAAAGACAUCCCGUGUACACAUGAAGGAUGCAUACAUGGCUUGGGAUAAGGAACCUAUGGACAUCAUCAUGCAGAUGGGACAAUACAAGGGCCUGAACUACCUAUGUAUCGUUAAGAUGACAAACAAGGGCAAGCGCGAUGGCCUCAUCCUCCUCCGUUCUUUCGCAUACAAGUUUAACCAGCGAAACGAGACGCCGACAACGAUCAUGUCGAACAGGUUGUUUGGCGAGAUGACCUCAUUCGUCCUUGACGACUGUGGUAUCGACAAAUUUGACCAGAUUGUUGGCAUGGAUGCAGACACUGUCUUUGAUCCAUGGUGCAUCUACCACCUCAUCUCCGAAUCCCGCUACCCCAACUGCUACGGUGUUUGCGGUGUGGUUUGGGUGGAUUUCAAAGACGGCCCGUGGAACAUGUGGCGCCUGAUGCAGAACGCGUCGUACACCAUCAGCCAAGGCCUGCCUCGUCUUCACCAGUCCAUUGUCACCCACAAGGUUUCUUGUCUUCCUGGGUGCUGCCAGAUUCUAAAGGUCUGCGAAGAGAACAAUGGCGACCACAUUUUGCGCACGUUAUUUGGGUACUGCCCAAGCCCGACGGAUGGCAUGCUGAAACACCUUCGUGGUGCAUACAGCGAGGACCGGAACCACGUUUGCCAUGUCCUCACUGCCUCGCCUCACGUUCAAACCCGGCAAUCGAUUAAAUCUAUUGCAUGGACCGAUGUACCCACUUCGCUUUCGGUCUUUAUGUCGCAGCGCAAACGCUGGUCAAUGGGUGCAACAGUCAACGACUUCCGUCUCGUAACCGCCAAAGGUACUCAGUGGUUUGAACGUCUCCGCGCCUUCUCAAACUGCCAGACAUGGUUCUGCAAUAUCUUCAUCAUGGGCUCCAUCGCUGGAUUAAUCCACGCCGCUCAGCAUGUUCCUUGGUAUAUCACCGUCGCCUUCCUAGGCGGUGUGAUUGUGCCAUAUACCUAUAUGCUUACCCUCGUCUUCUGGAUGCCCAAGGGCCGCAAAGCGAAGUGCCAAUUCUUGGCCGGUUUAGUCAUUUACUUCUUCACCGGACCAUUUCUCACUAUCUUGGUGCUGUUCUACACCAUGUGGCACUUGGACGCUUUCUCCUGGGGUAAAACCCGCCAGGUCAUCUCGGAAGAUACAGAUACUUCAAAUGAUGAGGUUGCCACCGAAAAGGCACCGUAUACGGUAACUGUGAACGACGAGGAGGCUAGGGUCGGAAUAACACGUCAAUUUUCUAUUUGA